AUGCCUCACAGUCAUCACUCUCACUCUGGCCAGUUCUGUAGGCAUGCCCUCGGAUCCUUAGAAGAAGUUGUAUUGGAAGCCAUCAAACAACGUUUCGAGGUUUAUGGUUUGACAGAACAUGUACCCCGCUACAGGCUAAAAGAUCUGUAUCCAGAGGAGAGGGAACUAUCCCUUGAUGACCUGACAAAUCAGUUCAUGAGAUUUCUUAACGAAGCUCAUCGACUGAAGGAGGUUUACUCUCCCCAGAUCACCUUAUUAGUUGGACUCGAGACAGAGUACAUUACCGAUGAUGACCUCAAUCAUCUUCGAAAGCUUCUAAAGGAUAACAAGAGGCGCAUCGAUUAUAUCGUUGGAUCCGUCCAUCAUGUCAGCUCUAUCCCCAUCGACUUUGAUCGUGUCACAUAUGAAAAGGCUUUGGCUAACUUUUCGGGUGAAGAGGGCAUUUAUAUUCUCGGAAACGAUCAGAUGGAACGCUUUUUGUCUGCAUACUUCGAUGCACAGCAUCAAUUGAUACGGCAGUUUCAACCAGAGAUCGUUGGCCAUCUCGAUUUGUGCAGACUCUACACCCCUUCCCUCGAUCUCAAGCAGAACAUCGAAGAAGCUACGCGGUACGGUGCACUUUUUGAAAUCAAUGCUGCCGCGUUGAAGAAGGAAGGAUGGGCUUCGCCGUACCCCGGAAAAGAUGUGGUGGCGCUUAUUCAGGAGAAAAAUGGUCGAUUCGCUCUGUCUGAUGAUAGUCACGGACCGCAGACUGUCGGGCAGUAUUAUCUGGAUGUGGCGGACUAUCUGGUUCAUGUAGGAAUUACUGAACUUUGGUGUUUGGGCCAUUCCUCAGAGCCAAAUCACAACGGGAGGUACAUAUCUCCCAGGAGAACUGAAGGUGAUUGGCGGCUUCACGCCUUCUGGACACAUAGGGAAGGUGAAAGGCGCGGAAUCGCUUUUCAAUAA